AUGCUGCGUAUCCGACCAGGCGGGACCUCUACAACUCCUCCGAGCAAUCCGGAGGAGCUCCGGCUUCGCCAUUGCCGUAUUGGUCUGGCAUGGGAUUUUGUGAAGCCGAGGCAUUCCACAAGGGCAUGGCUCCCAGACAACUGUGUGGACUGUUUCCGAGUUCUCUCUGACCAUGUGUUGGGUUCUUCAGUUGCAGGUCUCCGCAGUGCAUGUGGUCAAGGCCCCAUGUGGUCGCUUGUGCUAAGCUAUGUGCUGGAACUCCGCAAAGCAGCUUACCGCUACAUUCGCGAUGGCCAGUGCGCAUGUCUGGAUAAUGCCCUCCUCAAGGCUUGCGAAGGGGACAAGGGCAGUGGGAAGGGCAGAGGCAUGUGGGACCGCCAGUGGGGCAAGUCAUCCAAGACUCCAGAUGGCAAGCAGUUGUGCUUCAAGUACAACAAGCAAAUCGGUUGCGCUGCCGAGCCCAGCGGCUCCUACGAGCUGAACUAUUUCCAGCGGCCGGGAGCCUCCUCCAGGCGUGAGCUGAUGCCGAAGUUCAUGAUGCCCCUGAUUCAGAAGAUCAACUCUGGAGCAACAUAUCUACAAGUGCAUGCGAGCACGGAGACUUUGACGGCUUAUACGAGUGCGAAGGAGGUAAGCGCAAAGCUUUCACAGACGGACUCGGGCUUUGCUCACCGGGUCGCUGGCCUCCCGCAGCGAGACAGGAUGCGGCGUGUAUCGUGUCGAGUUGACUGCCGCGCAUUGGCCUUCAAAUUAGCUGCGGGUCAAAUUUCGGACUCACCGUUCACCGAAGAGAUGCUGGCAUGUGGACGCCAGCUCGUCUGGAGCGAGUUGAAGAGUGCAGGUUGUCGGCUUCCGGUGGAUCAUAUGGUGCCAGGCCAGCCUUUCUGCCUUGCUGCUGUCGAGGAACUGUUGCGACUUGCGGGAGACUCGGACUUUGCAGCCUGCUACACAGGGAGGGACUGUUUUGCGAAGGGAGUCAGACUUGGUGUGGAUGUUGACUUGCCCCGAGUCCCUGCAGUGUUCACAGCCAAGACCCGCUGGAGAGUCUACGACGAGGAAGAUGCAAAUGCAGGCUUGCGAGAAAACUAUGUCUCAGGGAGGGAUCAUGCCGAUGAGGUGCAGGCCCAGUUCGAGAGAGAGGCUGCGCUCGGUGCCAUGUACGAGACCAGUAUCGAACAAGCGAGAGCUGAUCUCGGUGAGUUGUCACUGGCGUCGCUUGGGGCGAUUGAGAAAAAGGACGGCAGCUAUCGUGUCCUUCACGAUGGCACUCAUGGUCUGGCAGUUAAUAGCAAGAUCCGAGUGCAAGAUCAGAUCCGCAACCCUUCAGCAGGCGACUUGCGGUGUGCGACCCAGGCUCUACCUUCUGCUUUCUUCGUGUUGUCAGGGGAUGUAGCGCGUGCGCAUCGACUGGUAAAGGUAGCGCAGUGCGACUGGAAAUACCAAUGCUGCAGAACUGGUGCAAAAGGCGACAUGGUCUGGGUCAAUUGCGUAGGAACCUUCGGGAUUGCUUCAGCCGCCUAUCACUGA